AUGAAUUUCUCUCGGCAACGCCCAUACCUGAUAAUUGCACCAUGUGUUUUGCUGGUUCUGGGCCUUUUCAUCUACUUGCGCCCACUGCCCAGUCUCCGCAAUGAGGGUCAGCCAUUUAUGAGCAAACCUCAUGGGAAAUUCCAGUUCGACGGAGUCUGGAACUACGAGCGCGAUCGGGAUAAUCUGCUUCUUACACAGGGGCAAUGCGAUCAGGCCUUUCCCGAACUAUUUGCGGAAAUUGAUCGGGCGAGUGAAGCGCGCUCUCUCAAUCCUAUUACCAUUAAGGAGCUCGAUUCGAUCACACCGCGAAAUGGUUAUAUUCGCGCGAUGAUCUAUGACCAACAACUAUACAUAAUCGCGAAAGAAGGAUCUAUCUGGUCGCGCGAAAUCGCGACCCUGGCCGCUAUCAAUCGAGCACUCGUCUCUUCGCCCGAACCUCUCCCGAACGUUGAAUUCGCCUUCAACACUGAUGAUAGAAUUGACGAGGCCGCCUUGUGGGGCUAUGCCCGCCGCUCGGAAGAUGAUUUGAUCUGGUUGAUUCCCGAUUUUGGAUAUUGGUCUUGGCCCGAGAUCAAAGCUGGUUCGACAAAAGAAAUUCUCAUGAAAGUCGAGAGCGCCGAAAAGCAAGACGGCUUGAUCUGGUCUACAAAAAUCCAGCAACUUUUGUGGCGCGGAGUCGCGCGCAUGGGACCUGAGAUCCGCGAUAAACUCCUUGAGGUGACGAGUGGGAAAUCUUGGGCUGAUGUGAAGGAGCUUGGAUGGGGAGACCCGGCUAGCAUGAAGAAUGAUUACAAAACGAUGCCCCAGCACUGCGACUAUCAAUACGUUGUGCAGACGGAAGGGAACACAUAUUCUGGUCGCCUGAAAUAUCUCCAAAUGUGCCGAAGCGUGGUAGUUUCGCAUAAGCUGAACUGGAUCCAGCACCACUACCACUUGAUGCAGUCGUCGGGAUCGGAGCAGAACUUUGUGGAGGUCGAGCGCGACUGGUCAGACCUGGAAGACAAGAUGAACUGGCUGUUGUCUCAUGACGAGGACGCUCAGCGAAUUGCGGAUAACAAUGUGAAGUUAUUCCGUGAGCGCUACCUCACACAGUCGGCCGAGGUGUGCUACUGGCGUCGUUUGAUUCAGCAAUGGGCCAAGGUCAGUGACUUUGAACCAGAGUUUUACAAAGAAGACGAGGAUGGGCAGAAGGUGUGGAGAGGCUUGAGUUUUGAAAGCUUCAUGUUAAUGCGGGCAAUGGACUGGCAGACUUAA